GUUUUUAUGGCUUAGCUAGACUAAAUGGGCAUUUUACUUCCAGUUCCGGACUAUUAGUGUUUAUUGAUGGAUAAUAUGAAAGAAUAGCAUCAAUACUUCAGUCAUAUGGUGUGUGAGUAUUUUGUGGAGACCAAUUUAGGUGGGAUAUAUUUUCACUAAAAGUAAUAUUAAUAUUUUGCAUGUGUUGAAUUAUUCACAGAGCUUCCUAAGGCCACCCAGUAGCCUGGUCUCACUAGUUCCUGUCCGCAUAUUUAUAAUUCAUCUCUGAGCCAGCUGUUGGGCUCUUGCAUGGAAGUGAUUUGAAAUGCUGUAGUGUUCUGAAAAUGGAUCGGUUUUAGCAAUUAAAAAGAAUAAGAGCCCCAGAAAAAGGUAAUGCUAGCAGUCUAAUGGGCUUUUAUCUGUGGAAACAAGAUCCAGACAGACUGGAGGAGGGGAAAUGGAGUCCCCCUAAGGCAGCUGACACUACAGUUGUCGGGUCUGGGGCUUGAAGAGGUUGAAAUUCACCAGUGGCUAUCUCCAUGCCAUUGAGGAAAUGUAAUAGAGAUGGCAAUGAAUGAAUACCAGGUGGUCUCUAAAAAGCCUGAAUGAGGUGCAUGUACAUCGAAGGCAAAUCGCCUGUAGGUUUUGGAAUAGCAGUGCUGUUUGUGAAUACUAAGUACCGGAGAGGAUAAACCAGGAUGGUAACGUAUUGUUCAUAACCAGCUUCAGCUAGACGAAGGCCAACUCAACCUUAGACUUUACUUCCAAGCCGCUUGAAAACUACCAUCAGCCAUGUCAAAUAUAAACAAUCCACUUUGCAUUGAGAAUGGACAGAAUGCUGACGUGUCUCUCUUGCAAAAGGAUAAUCUUCAGGAUGGUGGAUUAAGCCAGCUGUUGGAUUACAAUGCAGAAAUGGAAAGGUACAGGUCUUUUGCAAACUUUUAUAAAAACAAUGGGGCAUUUCCACAGACUGCAAAAAUCGCCCGCAUCACAACGCCAAUUUUUCCCAGUGCCAGAAUCGGCGUGUCCCCUUGGAACUGUGAUAACGCCAUGCUCUGGGGAAGGAAAUCAGCGGCAAUAAACCCUAAUAGGACCAGCAUGCACAGAAAUGACUCCCAGAGGCCGGGGAAGCCUGGCGUGUCGCCAGAGACGCUGCAAAUGGCAAAUAAUAAUUUCCUCUCUACCUUAUCCCCCGAACACUGCAGACCUUUAGCAGGAGAAUGCAUGAACAAGCUGAAAUGCGGCGCUGCUGAAGCAGAGAUAAUGAAUCUCCCGGAACGCGUUGGAACUUUUUCCGCUAUUCCGGCUUUAGGGGGCAUCUCAUUACCUCCCGGGGUCAUCGUCAUGACAGCCCUUCACUCCCCCGCAGCCUCAGCAGCCGUUACAGACAGUGCGUUUCAAAUUGCCAAUCUGGCAGACUGCCCACAGAAUAAUUCCUCGGCAUCCAGUGGAAACCCAGCCAAGAAGAAAAGGAAAAGGUGUGGGGUCUGCGCGCCCUGCAGGAGGCUAAUCAACUGCGGGGUGUGCAGCAGUUGUCGGAACCGCAAAACGGGCCACCAGAUCUGCAAAUUUAGGAAAUGUGAGGAGCUGAAGAAGAAGCCGGGCUCGUCGCUGGAGUUUCAGUUUCCAGUUUCUCCCCCAAGACCCUUAAUAAUGAGGACACCGGUCAAUAAUGGCGAAGCGUUCCGAUGGUUCUUUUAAGGCCCUACCCUGGUGACAUCACUCUGACACACGUCAGGCUCUGACUCACUGCAAGAAGCACUUGUGGGCUCCUGAAAUGGAACACUUCGACUGGAGGAGAAAAGGAAGACAUAAACAGAAAAAAAAGAUAAAAAGAAAACAUUAUGGUGUUGGUUUAACUCUGUAAUUUUCUUUCCUGUGUAAUUAUUGUACCUUUUGACAGUAUCAUAAUGUAUAUUUUGGGUGUCUAUGAAUGUGUUUCAGUGUUGUGGCUGUGCAAGUUGCAGCCAUUCUUAUAUAAAGGAAUCAAUAGACAAUCAUAACAAAUGAAAUAAGGAUAACAUGAGGCCACCUGGAUUAAUUAUCAACACACUCUGUAGAUCUGGAGCAAUAAUCUUUAAGGUGAUUAUUCCUCGCCAUCACAUUCAGGUUUGCUUUUUAAUCACAUUAAAUGAUACCUCUUUUUCGGCCUGGUCGGCCCACCUCAAGGAUGUGUGCCACCAUCUACCGCAGAGCCUCAGAACCCUCUCAUGAAAAUGUUGUUUCUUAAUUGAUUGGACAUGAGAAGACAGCAGUGGCAGGCUAGUUGUUUUUUACUCUUUCUUUUCAUUUUAGUUGUGUUUGCUGUGUGCAGCAUGUGACAGAACAGGGCACAUUGUCUUGUUGACAGGUUGCACUUUUGUUGUGUAAACUAAAACGAUCCCAUGUUAGAGCACAAGAAAGCUUUUGGUUGGACUAGUAACUUGGAACGAUGGUGUUAUGAGCUUUUUGUAAUAGCUGCUUGACCUUUUUGAAAAUUUUCUUUUUUUGUUUCUUUGCAAUUCAAAUGGUUGAAAGUAAGCUGUCUAAAAGGUAGUUAGAAGUACCAGUAAAGGAAUUCUAGUUAACAUUUAAAAUCUAAAUUUCCAGCAUUCUCUAAAAGUGCAUCAAAGCUAUGGGUUGAUUAUCCUGCAAAAUUGGAGUGUGCAUAUGUUUCCACCACAAUUCUGUACCUGAUCUGCUAUAGUCUGUUGAACUGAAGCAAAGUUACACAUUCCAAACUAAAUUAUUCAAUAAGUUACUCAUCGUCUUAAUCCCUAUUGUUGCAUGUGUAAAUGUGUUUUGGUUUUAAAAAUUACAAAGAAUUUGUAAAUUGUUGUUGUGAUGCUUUUAUGUGUUAAAAUAAUAAAACAGAUACAAAAAUGUGGAAAAAAUUGAUGUCAAUGAA